AUGCCCUCAACAACUACCACCGCCGCAGCGACAUCCACCAUGAUGAACCUCACGGCAUCAUCUUCUUCGGCCAACGCAACCGAGGAUCUUGACAUCUACGACGAGAUCGAGAUUGAAGACAUGACAUAUGACUCCGUCUUAGAAAUCUACCACUACCCGUGUCCCUGUGGUGAUCGCUUUGAAAUUGCUAUUGCAGAUCUCAGAGCUGGAGAGGAUGUCGCAGUUUGUCCGAGUUGUAGCCUCAUGAUCCGUGUCAUAUUUGAACCGGAGGAUCUGCCAGAGGACGGCAACAAGAGUAAGCAGAAGAAGGAGGAAAGGUGUGACAAGCUGGUGGGUUAG